GCGCCGCAUUUGGAAACGUUUUCUGCGCCAUGUGCAGGAAAUAGUAUGAACAGUGACAACAGCGUGUCACCAGACUACAAAAUGUAAUACAAAUGUAACGUAAUACCAAUGUAACGUGAUAUAAAUGUAAUACAGGUAAAGGAGAGCUGCAGGCUGACGUUACUGACUGCAUGUAGUGAUGUAGAGUCUGUUCACAAUCAUAUAAUCAUGUGGAGAAGACCUCUCAGUGCAGCCUACAGACGCUCUGGACCAAAGGGGAUCUGGGGCCUCCAUGCUGUACGUAGAUGCAGCGCUCCAGCUUUACCUGCAGGAAGGAUCACAGCACUCCAGGCAGUGGACUUAUGGAAGAAGCACUUUCUGGAGCGAGGCGUGACGGAGCCCGACCACUCCAGCCACUACAUCCUCGCUCAUCUGCUUGGGGCUAAAACUAUUGAAAGCCUCGAGCAGGAGAAGUUAACAGAGUUUCUCAGCCGAGAAAAGACGGAGCAGAUGUGGAAGCUCUGCACUAAACGCCUGUCCAGGAUGCCAGUGCAGUACGUGAUUGAGGAGUGGGACUUCAGAGAUCUGACCCUGAAGAUGAGACCUCCUGUGUUCAUACCAAGACCUGAAACCGAGGAGUUGGUGGAACUCGUGCUCUCUGAUCUAGAGAUGGACCCCGGGGCUGGAGUGGGUGCAGACGCCCAGCACACAUGCUUUGAAGUGGGAUGUGGCUCUGGUGCUAUUUCUCUGAGUCUGCUGAAGAGUCUUCCUAAGCUUAAAGCCGUUGCCUUGGAUCGAAGCCAGGAUGCGGUGGAUUUAACAAGAGAGAACGCGCAAAGCCUGGGGCUUCAGGACAGAUUACAAGUUCAUCACAUAGAUAUAAUGAAAGAUGGAGAAACUGUGUUGGGCCUCUGUAGCCCCGUUUCAGCUCUGGUCAGCAACCCUCCGUACCUGUUCUCAGAGGAUAUGACGUCAAUGGAACCAGAAAUCCUCAGGUUUGAAGACCACGCUGCUUUAGAUGGAGGUAAAGAUGGCCUAAAAGUGAUCAAACAGAUUUUGAGUCUGGCUCCACAGAUUCUGUCCAAUCAGGGUCGUGUUUACUUGGAGGUGGACCCCAGACACCCCCCGCUCAUUCGACGGUGGGUGGAGGCGAAUGUGGAAGAGAUGCAUUAUGUGGAGACACGGCACGACAUCACCGGCAGGCCGAGAUUCUGCAUCUUUCAGAAAGAGAAGUCAAACAAGGACCGCAAGCUGAAUCUGGAUUGAGAAACUGAGAUCCUAUUACGCUGGCUUUAGCCCAGGUCGCCACAGCCUCAGCUCCCCUACCCCCACUGAGCCACCAAAGCACGCGCUCGCACUUGAUUUGAUCACUCACAAUUCACAAUGUGCAGAAGCUCAAAUCAUUGUCAUGUCACCGUUUGCACUAUUAAUCUGGUAUCAUUUGUGAUCACAUCCUGCUCCCGCAAUAAAGAAAUGUGUGCGAGAUGGCACAAAAGCAGGCUCAAAGCUGAAGGUAA